AGUAUAAUUUUAAUUGUGUCUUGUAUGAAAGAACUUAUUUGAGAGGAUGUUUAAACUGGAUUGUACAAAAAUUUAAUGUUUAUUGAUCCAUGAAAGGGAAAGAAAAAAAAGUAUAUAACAAAAAGGAAAACUAAAAUCUGGAAAUUAGAAUAUGUGGAUGGAACAACAGUAUUCAAUAGAUAAAAUAUGGUGCAUUUGAGGGAGUAUUUUGUGAUAAACCUGAAUUUUCAGACACAGUUAAAUUUUAUAGGAAAUAAUUUCUAAUUUACUAAUUUACAGUUUUAUCAUCUGCAUCAAUAAAGGACAUUGGACAGUUUUCAUAGGAGUUGGCGCCUUAUUCAGUGGUCAAUGUAUUGAUAAUUUAGCAAAAAAUAAAUAAUUUUUAGUUACUAUAAGGGGGCCUUUUAUAGGUGGCAAGGAUGGCAUGAGAAAGAGAAAAUAUUGUACUGGAAGGAUGUGUGUUUCUGUCAACGAGGAAGAAGACUGAAUAAGAGGACAGUUCCAGAAUCUUCAGUGAAUUGUUUUAUAAGCCCCAUUAUCAACAUGGAACGUGAACGAACGGAAAUGGUGGAGGUAAAUGAAGAAGAGAAUACAGAUGGUGUGCAUGUUACGAAGACGUACCAGACGACAGAGGUGGUAUAUCAGGAGUACGAGCCCUCGUGUCUUCAACGAUGCAGCAACAGAAUUAUACGAGUUCUGGAGACUAUGUUUUACAUGCAACAGCAAAGAAGCAUUAAGGUAGGCCUGUACGUUGCGCGGCAUCCAUUUCUCACAAUUCUGUUAAGUCUUUCCCUCUGCGGCCUUUGCGGAAUCGGUCUGAUGCGGUUUGAACAGACGACUGAUGAUGCGAAGCUCUGGGUCCCAAAGCAGUCACGCGUUCUUCCAGAAAAGGCCUGGGUCGAUGAAAACUUUCCCCAGCAAUAUCGAUUCACCUCCGUUAUUGUCACGGCUUAUAAUAUCUUCUCGCCUACAACAAUUAAUUCUAUGUAUGAUAUGUAUCUGCAGUCUCGGAUGACCUUUACUGUCGAUAAUAAAAACCUGGACUACAUGUGUGUCAAGAUUGGUCACAUGUGCCAUGUCAAAAGCCUCCUAGAAUUGUGGCAGUAUAACGGCACAAUCAUUCGAAGUCUAACCCUCGAUGAUAUUCUCCAAACGGUGAACCAGAAGAUAGCAUACAGCCCAACGUACGGUACAGAAUUCAGCCUGGAAUACAUGCUAGGAGGUAUACGUCGAGAUAACCGCGGAAAGAUUUUAGGGGCAGAAUCAGCAACCAUGCUCUGGGUUCUACAUAAAAAUCCUGAGUUUGAAACAGCUGCCCUUGACUGGGAAAAACAGAUGAUAGACAUGGUGAAUGCUGGCCGACCAUAUUUUGCCCAGUCAUAUAUCUAUGCAACAAGGACGUUUGAUGAUGAGGGUUACGGAGCAGUGAAGGCAGACACAUCUCUGUUGACCGCUGGGUUCAUGAUCGUCUAUGUGUUUAUUAUUCUAGUCCUUGGAAGAUUCAAUAUGGUGGAAAACAAGUUAUAUGUGUCCCUGACCGGUAUAUUCACCAUUGGGCUCUCCAUCCUGUUCAGCUACGGGCUCGCCAUGGGCUUUGGGUUCCUCUAUGGGCCCAUACACAAUAUGAUGCCUUUCCUGCUUUUGGGUAUUGGUGUGGAUGACAUGUUUGUGAUCGUUGGAGCAUGGCAGAAUCUCAGUCCUCAAGAACAGAAGCUGCCAAUUGACAAAAAGAUGGCCUUGACCUUGAAACACGCGGGUGUGUCGAUAACGGUGACAUCAGUCACGGAUAUUGUUGCGUUUGCGAUUGGGAGUUCCACGGUCAUCCCAGCUUUAAGCGCUUUCUGUGCGUACGCAGCCUUCGGAAUUCUGGGAUUAUAUUUCCUCGUCUCGACAUUCUUCGUUGCCAUAUUGACUCUGGACGAGCGAAGGAUUAGUGAUAAUCGAAACUCUGUGAUAUUUUGUUAUAAGCAUAAAAACUAUGUGCCAAACUCUUGUAGCAAGCGCGAUAUUAUAGGAUCUUUUAUAAAGAAGAUCUAUGGACCGACUUUAAUGAAAUUACCAUGUAAAGUAUGUGUAGUUAUAGUGACAGCCGUGCUAGUGUGUGUAAAUAUAUGGAGCUUUACUAUGUUGCGACAGGAUUUUAACAUCUACGACUACCUUCCACAAGAUUCAUACGCCACCGAGUAUGUACAAGCCCAGCUGAAAUACUACCCAGACAGGGGAUUUGAUGCUUCCAUAUACUGCGAUGGCAUGGACUACUUUGUAAACAGAAGGAAAUUAGAAGCUAUGUACAGUGACGUAACCAGUGACCCAUAUAUUCAGAAUGGUUCUGUUGUAUUUUGGUACCCAGCAUUCACCAACUACCUCAAAACUACACAAGAUUCCAUGGUUACCUCACAAGUAAAAGAUGGUUUUCCUCAGUCCAGUGAAGCAUUUAACUCCUUGUUGCUGUAUUUCCUACAACAGCGGGAAGGGAGAUCAUUCGGACAGUUCAUCAAGUUUGAUAACUCUUCCACACCAACAAUUCAAGCCACAUAUAUCCCGUUCUUCCACACGCACCAGGCAAGCUCGGCGGGUGAUAUCGAUGCCAUGGAUAGUCUGAUGGCCAUUUUGGACAAGGCCAACUUCGUCAAUGGAUCUUGCUUUUCCUAUGGGUUCAAAUAUCUCAACAAUGAAACAAAUAGGGUGUUAAAGGGUGAGCUGUAUCGGAACCUGGCAUUGGCUGGGUUGUGUGUAUUUAUAGUCACCCUGCUGCUGAUUUCCAAUCUCUGGACCAGCAUCCUUGUCUUCUCAUGUGUUGCUUUCACUGUGAUUGAUGUGACUGGUACCCUGCAGUUUUGGGAUGUGACCAUUGAUACAGCUACUAGCAUUCUGAUCACCCUGUCAGUUGGGUUGGCAGUGGACUAUUCUGCCCAUGUGGGUCACAUGUUCAUGACUUUACUCGGGGAUAGGGAAGAUCGAGCGAAAGCGACACUUUGCAGUAUAGGUCCAGCAGUAUUGAACGGAGGGCUCAGUACCUUCCUUGCCUUUGUACUUCUUGCAAACAGCACGAGUUACGGAUUUAUGCUGUUUUUCCGGGUAUUUAUGACCGUGGUUAUUUUCGGGCUCUACCAUGGGCUUGUAUACCUGCCCGUAAUACUCAGCUGGGUGGGCCCCUCGCCCUACCCCUCAGAAGCAAAAAUGGCGCCCAAGCAUAACGGCAUGGCUGAUCCUAAACACUUGCAUGACGGGGCCAAGAUACAGGGCAACGGUCAUGUUAAGGGAUGUUUCUGUACAGGCUGACAGUGUUUGCCAUCAAUGCAGAUGCACCCUACAUUCAGAACUUCUUAAUCGACCUUCACAUGAAGGUCAAGGUCAUAUAGAUUCACAGCAAUAUUCCAGUACUAUACAAACCAUUUCAAGCAUGGCUGAAAGAAAUGAUACCAGAGCAACUGCUUAUGUUAGAAAUAAUGGGGAUGAGUCACAACAACCUCUUAUGAGUGACCUUGAAAUUGGAAAUUUAUUUGACCUUGGGAAAAUAGAUGAACUUGAUGGUUCAGAGGUCAAGGUCAGAGAAGAAAAUACUCAGAGUUGUCAGGGGUGUGACAAAAAGUGUGUAAUGUGCACCCUACAGCAAGCCCAAAGAGAUAUUCAAUUUGCCCUUGAACAAAUGUCAAGGACAGACUCAACUGAUAUUCAGUCGCGUAGCUGUAAAGUUCACAAUAACGUGACAAAAACUUGUGGUGCUAGCAAUGUUUAAGUUAUUUAUUUGUGUAUUCUGAAGGAAAUUUAUAUAUUAUUUACUGUCAGUAUUUGUAUCACUGUAUUUUAAUCAUGAAAAAGAUUAUUAUUAUUAUUAUUAUUAUUAUUAAGGUAUACCUUUUUAUCAGGUGUUGGUCAAGUACAAAAUUGAGAUUUUUUAUUUAUUAUAUUAAGUUUAUAACUCUACAAUUGCUCUUAUGAAAAUAUUAUUGAAAUAUUUGUAAGCUAUUUACCAAAGAAAAUGCAUAGAUUAUAACUUAUUUCAUAAUACCAUGUAAAUCGAUAUGCUCAUAGAUUAAGAUACUGUUUUGUUAUAACAUUUAAUUAAAUAUUGCCAAAGAUCGGUAUGUUUUGGCUUUUGAAUAUAACUUGCCAUUUUAUAUUUUGCAUUUUGUUUAAGCCAGUCUUGACUUUUAUGAUAUCAAAAUACAUGAUAGUUAAGACUUCAGGCCUGUAGGAGCUGGGCCCGCAGGGGCUACGGUUGUGGCCCCAAUAUUCGGGCUGGUAAUGGCAAUUGGGCCACGAAUGUUUGAUACCGAUUUUCUUAAAAGUCAUAUUUUAAAUAAAGCUACGCGCAUAUAGAUUAAUACCAGUCUGACAUGAUAUUGAAUAAAGGUCACCAUGUCAUAUUUACAACAUCUAGCUUAUUGGGUGUGAAUGGCGUGAAAAUAGUAGGCAGAUUAUUAAAGACGGGUAAGUGAAAGAAGAAGAGACAAUAAGACAAUAAUUAUUUGUAUCGUUUUUGAUGUUUCAUGAAAAUAAAACCAGAACUCACUGGAAAUGGGGUUUUUCAAUGCUUAAUGCUUAUAUACUUCAUUUUGUUAAACUGCAUAACAUAUUUUAGCAUCAUGUUAAAUAUACAUAAUAUAUUGUUAACAUACUUUUAAAAUGUGUUGUAUGCCAUGAAAUCAUGUGUUCAUACAAUAUGCACUUAUGUAUUUGUGUAUACAUGUAUGUGUAUUUGUGUAUAUGUUUAAAUAAUGAUGAAUUGAGAUUUUCAUCUUGAAUCUACAUGUCAGUACACAAUCACUUAGAAUGUUCAUGCUUUUAUAGGAAGAGCUUUUAGUAAUUUAAACUUAUCAUUACAACUAUCCAUACAAUCAUUUAAUUUCAUUAUAAUUGUUUGCAGAUAACAUCAGUGGUAAAGUUUACCUAGUGGGGAAUUGUUUUCCUGCAAGAAUUAUUCUCAUUCAUUUAUAGUCAUACAUUGUGACCUGGGCCAGUAUUCAUGAAACGUCUGAGGUAAUAAUCUAUCUCAAGUCAUUUUCCUCCAUAAGGUAUCUCACUUGUCAUAUAAUAAAAUAUUAUACCUUACUUGAUGUGACCCUUCUAUGUGUAUAUAAUUUUAUGCUAAUGCCUCGGUCCAUAUACACCUUCGGAGGCUGACUGGCCGGUCCUUAUAAUGUCAUAUGACCCUCAGUGGUGUGUAAUAUUUCUUAAAUAAUUCAAAAAUAUCUGAAAUACUUUAUUAACAUUGAUUUUUUUUUUGAAUAUUUAUCAUUUUUAUUUAAAAAAAAAAAACACAAUAAAUUUAAGAAAUGAAUAUUGAGUUCAGAAAUGACUUAAGAUGUUUUAUGAAUACCAGUGCUGGUCCUUGCCCUUGGCAAAACCUCUCAAAAUAUUGUAAGUAACCGGUUAAAGUGUCAUUUUUCAUUUAGCAGAAUAACUUGCUUACACUUCUUUUAAAAAAUAAAAGUAGUUUAUUGUGUCGAUGAUUCAAAAUAAUUUCCUUUAGACAUCUCCUAUCUUAUCAAAAAUAGGUAAUUACCGGAAUGCAAUUUAUACAGAAACGAAAACAAUGCCCUUAAGGGUUAUUGUUUUAUUAAAGGAUUGUUAAAGAAAAUGGGGUCUGAUUUUUUGUUUCUAGAAAUGAAAAUGUUUUCCACAUACAGUAAGUAUAUUCAGAGAUUUCAAAAUAAUAUAAAAAAAAAUUGAAUGAUUUAACCAAAUAUAAGUUAUUUUUUUUAUAUAUAUUUUUUUACAAAAAGCUAUGCACACCCUGGAAAAUGAAAACCCUAUCUAUUUUCUUCCAGAUACUUAUGUAGACACAUGAAAUAUUUCAUAUUUCAUAAUUCAAUGAUCUCAGUAAACUUUUGUUAAGUAAUUAUGCCCCACUUUCAAGAAGAGGGAGUAUAUUGCUUUGCACAUGUCGGUAGGUCAGUUGGUCCAUCGGUAGACGAAAGCUUGUCCGAGUGAUAACUCAACAAUUCCUGGACCAAUUGUCAUUAAAUUUGACUUUAAUGUUGGGCCUGACCAGUAGGUGACCACUAUUGAUUUGAGGAAUCAUAGGGUCAAAGGUCAAGGUCACAGUGACCUUUAACAAGAAAAGGUUGUCAAAGCUUGUCUGAGUGAUAACAUAUCAAUGCCUCGACCGAUGGCCAUCAAACUUGACACCAAGGCUGGGCAUGACCAGUACAUAACCCCGAUUGAUUUUAGGGGUUAUUGGGUCAAAGGUUAAGGUCACAGUGACCUUGAUUGCUGAAAGGUUGUCCAAGUGAUAACUCCACAAUGCCUGCACCCAUGACCCUCAAACUUGACAUGGAGGUUUGGCCUGACCAGAAAAUGACCCCUAUUGAUUUUAUGGUUCAAAGGUCAAGGUCACAGUGACCUUGAAUUCAAACUUGAUAAUUCAUGGACAUAUGGUCAUCAAACUUGACAUGAAGGUUGGGCCUGGCCAGUGGAUGACUCCUAUUGAUUUAAGGGGUCAUUGGGUCAAAUGUCAAGGUCACAGUGACCUUUAAUGCAAAAAGAUUGUCUGAGUGAUAAUUCGACAAUUCCUGCAUCCAUGGCCGUCAAACUUAACAUUAAGGUUGGGGGUACCAAGUAGAUGACCACUAGUGAUGUUUAGGUCAUAAAGUCAAAGGUCAAGGUCACAACACAUAUUGGUCGUUCAAUGACUUGGUAUUGGUCAUUAGAAUGAGCAUGAACAUGAUUGCAAACUGUACCUACUAUCCUCACUCUAUGAAUGAUCAUAAUCUUAAAACUGCCUCAAAGGCAUCCAAUGUCAAUGACAAAUCAGCCGUCAUUUCGGUCCAUGCAUAUUUCUUUCAAUUGUUUAAAUAUUCUUGACAACAUGGCGCUCAGGGGGGCAUAAUGGUUGAAAAACAUCUCUUGUGUGAAGAAGAUUUCAUUUGUUUCAUAAUAUGUAUUGGCUUUUUAGUAUGCUUGUUGAAUGUCAUGAAGAGAUUACAUGUAGUUUGAAAAACUAAAAAAAUUAUGACUUCGAAAUGUCAACCAUCCAAGCAUAUUUCAAAUAAAGGCAUGUUUAAAUAUGAA